UUUGCCUCCAUCACUUUCUGUCGCCGCACCUUGCUGCCAUCUGUCUAGGUCUCUCACCUUCAUCAACCUUCCAUUCAAUUGACUUUUCUCUACGUAUUGGACAGCGAGGCUGCUGUAUCUGGCACGGAUUUCCUUCUCCCCAGGCAUUGGUUCUUACCACUGUUUCCCCUCAGAAACCCUCCAUCCACCCCAAAGACGAGUGCAAUCUGGCGACUGCAGUCAAGUUCCCAGCGGCCUUGACCGCGGAGAACAUGUCAGUGUCGAACGGCCCAACUACACUCCCGGAUGACGAUUUUGACUACGAAGCUCUACCGCCCAACUAUGGACUAUCCCACAACAUGCUUGCCGGCGCAUUUGCUGGAAUCGCCGUAUGAAAGCUCUCAACCUUGACAAUUCUUGCACAAGAUCAAGCCAUUGACAUUUUUUCUCUCUAGGAACACACGGUGAUGUAUCCUGUCGAUUUGAUGAAGACACGCAUGCAAAUCAUAAAUCCUUCCGCCGGCGGCCUCUAUACCGGAUUAUCCCACGCAGUCUCCACGAUAUAUCGAAUAGAAGGACUCCGAACGUUAUGGAGAGGAAUGACUAGUGUGAUUGUUGGUGCAGGUCCGGCUCAUGCCGUCUAUUUCGGCACUUAUGAGGUUGUCAAAGACCUUGCUGGUGGUAACAAGGCGGAUGGAAAACACCACCCAUUGGCAGCCGCAACGAGUGGAGCCUGCGCCACAAUCGCGAGCGAUGCUCUCAUGAACCCUUUCGAUGUGAUCAAGCAACGAAUGCAAGUUCAUGGUUCUACCUAUCGAUCACUGGCCGACUGCGCGAGGACAGUGUUCCGCGCUGAAGGCCUCUCGGCGUUCUACGUCUCGUAUCCAACCACAUUAUGCAUGACUGUGCCCUUCACCGCAACACAAUUCAUGGCAUACGAGUCUGUGUCUCAGAUGAUGAAUCCUCGGAAAGAGUAUGACCCCAUCACACACUGCGUUGCCGGAGGCCUUGCGGGCGCCUUUGCUGCUGGAAUCACCACUCCGCUCGACGUGAUCAAGACACUAUUACAGACACGAGGCUUAAGCCAACAGGACGAGAUUCGUAACGUUCGGGGAUUGUUUCAUGCCGCAGCAAUCAUCAAGAAAGAAUUUGGCUGGGUCGGUUUCAUGAGAGGUUGGCGGCCUCGGAUCAUCACCACUAUGCCUAGCACUGCAAUUUGCUGGUCGUCGUACGAAAUGGCCAAAGCCUACUUUAGGCGAACAUUACGAGACGAGCACAAUGCUUCAGUUGGAAAACUUUGAAACAGUAAACCGUCGAAGAGCAAGAUACAUGAGGUGGCCCGCCAUUUUGGAACCGGGCGGAGUCUGUUGUCAACAAUCAAAUGCUCGUCAAAGCGAUCGAGGUUGCUUGUUGCUCAGCCUUGAUCAGUUCCAUCUUGCAAACUGGACGGUUUGAGCAAAGGACUAUAUGCUCUAGGAGAGCAAUGCCAGCGAUUAAGUCUUUUAAGGACUCCACACGCUGCUAUUCUGCGGAUGUGUCGGCGGGCCUUUUUGCAUGGCGAAUGGGGCGUUUUCCCGCCUCGAACGGGACAAGAACUGUGUCUUCCAUAUUGGUGAAGACGGGUUUCAUCGAUGCUGGUCAUGUUAAUAGAUGGCUUGCCAUGUCCCUCUGGUGGAAAAGCCGGAGCUUCUUUUUUUCUGGAUAACGCCUGUGUACAUUUAUCAAAAAGCAGGUCGGAUUGGGUGCGGGUGAGCAUCCACCGUGCGUGAUAGAUAGGUGGACAGCAAUGUGGACGUAACAGGGUCGAGGCGGCCCCUUGGCCGACGGUCGGCGUUGGGUGCCUUGCGCCACCUAUCGUAUGUUGGCUGUCUGCCUAAAAUAUACCACGACAGUGGCGGUGUGGCUCCAUACAAUCGAUGAUAAUGUGUUAAUUAUUGUACAUUA